CGCACGCGCCUGGCGGUGGCCGCUCCCCAAAGGCGCGCUCCCGCGCCCGGGGCCUGCUGGUCUGCGCGGCUGGCCAUGGAGGCCCUGCGGAGGGCCCACGAGGCCACGCUGCGGGUGCUUCUAUGCGGGCCUUGGGCCUCGGGCGCUGCGUCCAGCCGGAAGCCCAGCGCCUCGGAGGUUCUGACGCGGCACCUGCUGCAGCGGCGUCUUCCGCACUGGACCUCCUUCUGCGUACCGUACAGCGCGGUCCGCAACGACCAGUUCGGCCUCUCGCACUUCAACUGGCCGGUGCAGGGCGCCAACUACCACGUCCUGCGCACCGGCUGCUUCCCCUUCAUCAAGUACCACUGCUCCAAGGCCCCCUGGCAGGACCUGGCCUCGCAGAACCGCUUCUUCACAGCGCUCAAGGUCGUCAACCUCGAUGAUUACAACUGCGAAGUAGAGCUCACUUUGGUAUCUGAUGGCAGGACAAUAGUGUGCCAUUAGCCUUCUGUGGACAUUCCACAUGAACUCACAACACCUAUCCCUCAACUAGAUCCCCUGCAUGAUCAUGAAGGAAUGCAUGAUCAAGUGCCGAAGACCAAAUUAGAAGGAAAAAAUGAACACCUUGAGUAAAAACCCACAAUAGAACAGCUCAGCACAAUGUUCUUCACUACUAAGCACUGCUGGUACCCUUAUGGACAGUAUCACAGACAUCGUAAGAAACUGAAUCCUCCAAAAGACAGAUGACUGAUACUGAGAUUCCUGGGAGAACCACAGGAAAUGUUGUCUUGUGUCUCAUUUGCCAUUUGAGAGAAUGCAGCCUGGUAUGUUUGCUGAGAUGUAAUAUAGUAAAAUAAUAAUAAAAAUGCCAUGUCUUAAAUUAAAACAAGAAAAUUAACAUUCAUGCAUCCAACAACUACUUAGCAUUGACAAAGCUGAAGGCAAAUUUCAGUAACUUUAUCUGCCCACAAAAUCUAGCAUUUCUGAGUCUACAUAGAAGAUUUCAUCAAGUCAGGCUGGAAAAGACUUCUGUACACAACUGGCUGAGAACAACGUGUUAGUAAUUUUUGUUUGCAGCACUUGCUAUGGAAUGAAUGUUGUAGGGGGAAUGAAUAUGUGAUUCAAAAUUACAAAAACAAGUUGCCUUUGUCUUUAGUAGCAUUAAAGAGAGAAUUCUUUAAUA